UUAAUGUAGAAAUCUUUAAUUUGACAGAAAAAAAAGACACAUCAUGUUCACUGUACGCUCAUUAUUCCCUGAGUGUCUGACAUUGUCCUGUUGUCUUUAACCCCAGGAGACGCUAGGAGACAGCAGCAUACUUCCCUUUUCAGCGUUUUUGACGGACAACUUUGGCCGGCAGCACAGCUACCUGAGAAUCUCCCUGACUGAGAAAUGCAACCUGCGCUGUCAGUACUGCAUGCCGGAGGAGGGGGUGAAGCUGACGCCCCGGGCCCAGCUGCUGUCCACCUCAGAGGUGCUGACUCUGGCUCGCCUCUUCGUCCAGGAGGGGGUGGAGAAAAUCCGCCUGACUGGAGGAGAGCCUCUCAUCAGACCUGAUGUGCUGGAAAUCAUCGCAGAACUGAGGAAGCUGGAGGGCCUGAGAACCAUCGCAGUGACCACCAACGGCAUGAACUUGGCCAAGCUUCUGCCUAAGCUUAAAGACGCCGGACUUGACCUGAUUAACAUCAGCCUGGAUUCGCUGGUCCCGGCUAAAUUUGAGUUUAUUGUAAGGCGGAAAGGGUUCCACAAGGUCAUGGAGGGUAUUGACAAGGCCAUCGAAAUGGGCUACAACCCUGUCAAGGUGAACUGUGUGGUCAUGCGAGGCCUGAACGAGGAUGAGCUGCUGGAUUUCGUGGCUCUGACGGAGAAGAAGCCUCUGGAGGUGCGCUUCAUUGAAUACAUGCCCUUCGAUGGCAACAAGUGGAACUUUAAGAAGAUGGUUAGUUACCAGGAGAUGCUGGAUCGUAUCAGGCAGCAGUGGCCCGACCUAGAAAUGCUUCAAACUGGACAAACAGACACAGCCAAGACAUUUAAAGUGCCAGGCUUCAAAGGUCAGGUUGGAUUCAUCACCUCAAUGUCGGAGCAUUUCUGUGGCUCCUGCAACCGCUUACGCAUCACAGCAGACGGCAGCCUCAAGGUGUGUUUGUUUGGGAACUCUGAGGUGUCCUUGAGAGAUUUCUUGCGCUCAGGAUCAUCAGAGGAAGAGCUUCUGCAGAUCAUCGGAGCAGCAGUGGGCAGGAAGAAGAAACAACAUGCAGGAAUGUUCAAUAUCUCCAAGAUGAAGAACCGGCCUAUGAUCCUCAUUGGUACCAGAUUCCAACCGCCUAUGUCACAAGACAGCCAGAGAGAUUUCCCCGUUGUUUCCCAGCUUCCAAACAACACAGUCCUCUCUGCAGACACAACUCCUCACAUGUGCGCUUCAGGCAGCAGGAGAGUCCAAAUGAGAGAAAUGGAUUUAUUGUGCCUUCCACACUGCACUCGUUCAAUACAAGGAGACUGUUUUUGCUCCUCUAGGACCCAAAUGAGUGGGGGAAUUCAUGCCUGGUCAGAAAUGAACAAUGAAACACCUAAUGUGACAGAAAACAUCCAAAGUGAAACACUUCUUCCCUCCUCUGAGAUUGUUGAUAGUCUCAAUUUCAGCAAGACUUCAAAUUCAACCUACCGCACAAAUAUCAGGAGAAGCAUUAAUGAAGGCUGUCUCAGGUACGCAAUAGCCAGGAGUCCUAACGUUCUGAAGAAGAACGUACUCAGGACUCUAGGAACGCCUGUUUUUUGCACACUAAUGAAUGCCAAAAUGAAUGUAAAGCACUACAAUGUUAGACUGUGCCAUAAUAAAAGCUCAAGUGAAGACCAUAGUCUUAAACUCCGACGGUGUGUCAGUGAUCAGAGUAGGUCAAGCACAAGCGUCUCCAACACCCACCAGAAUGAAACCACUGAAGCCCAGCUGACGCACACAGACGCCCAGGGCCGUGCCUCCAUGGUGGAUGUAGGGGGGAAAAAUCCCACACGGCGAGCAGCCACAGCCAGUGCCACCGUCAUCCUGGGCCCCAUCGCAUUCCAGCUGCUGAGGGACAACCAGCUGGCCAAGGGUGAUUCCCUGGCCGUGGCACAGUUGUCUGGCAUCAUGGCUUCCAAGCAGACCUCGGUCCUCAUCCCACUCUGCCACCCGCUCCGCUUGGACCACGUCUCCGUCACCUUUCACCUGGAUGAGCUGCAGGACGCUGCGGUCAUCACAGCAACGUGUCGCACUACGGGAAGGACAGGGGUCGAGAUGGAGGCCUUGACAGCAGUUUCUGUUGCGGCAUUGACCGUCUACGACAUGUGCAAGGCCGUGAGCCGUGACAUUGUCAUCACAGAUGUCAAACUGGUCAGUAAGUCAGGCGGGAAGAGGGACUUUCAUCGUCACCCGCAGACCUUCCCCCUCAACAAUAAAUCCUCAUGAAGAAAACUGAGAAUCAAUGAUUUGUAAUCGGCAUGAAGAAGUGCACCUUUUUCACUUGAUUUGAUGUAUGUUCUACAAGCUGAAGGUAGUGAUCAGAAAGAAGAAAAUAUAUAAAGUUAUAGAAAAAAUGAAGAGACCACUGCAAAUAGUUCUUAAAUCAGCAUCUCUAUGCAUAGAAGGCAUCCUUUUGUAGUGUCUGACAAAAUUCAACGGAGGCACAUCUCAUUAUACUAAUUGAGGAUUUGGUGAUCACCUCACAAGCCAUUCAGUAAAGCUGAGCUGCUUGAAUUUUUGCGUCAAGAGUGGUAUAAUGUCCCCCAACAGCAAUGUGAAAGACUGUGUGGAGAGCAUGCCAUGACACAUGAAAGCUCUGGUGGGGCGCUGGUUUAACUCAGUUGGUGGAGCAGGAGUCCCACAUACUGAGGCCUCAAAGCCUGUUUGACACCUGACCAUGACCAUUUGGUGCACGUCAUUUCAUUCUCUGUCUCUUCUCAGCUUUCCCUGUCCAAUAAAGACAAAAAGGCUGAAAAAUAAUCUUAAAAA